UCCCUCAGAUGACCCCUGCUACAGCUACACUGUACUGGACGAACCUUGGAGAGCCACUGACUAUCAGAAUGACUCUGUCUUAAUGUGUGACCGGGAUGUGAAUUGGUUUGGCUGGUAUCGUCUCUUCAUUCAUGGCCAGAGUGCCCAGAUGCCAAACACAUGUAUUGAUGAGUACAAAUGUGGCACUCAUGCCCCACUGUGGUUAAAUGGUGAACACCCAAAAGUCGAGGAUGGAGUGGUCACCCGAGGUGUCUGUGGUCACUGGAACAAUAACUGCUGCUAUUACAAUUCUACUCCCAUUAGAGUGAAAGCCUGUCCAGGCAAUUAUUAUGUCUAUGAAUUUGUCAGGCCAUUUAUGUGUGCUGUGGCUUACUGUGCAGAUGUUGGGAACAUCAACACUAUCUAUACAACUAUCACACCAGAGACCAAUUCAUCUGAACCAUGUGGUGGCAAUUUGACAGAUUGGAGGGGUGUAUUACUCAGUCCCCGGUACCCUAAUAACUACCCUAAUAACGCACAAUGCACCUGGACCAUUCACAGCACAGGGAACACAACUGUGUCACUGAUCUUCACUGACGUUGAUUUGGAAACAUGCUGUGAUUACAUCAAAGUGUAUGAUGGUCCUUCUACCCUCCAUCCAUUUCUGGGAGAAAUACAGGAGUACAGGAACCAGUCUUUCAGAUCCAGCAGCAAUGAUCUGACUGUGUUAUUCUACAGUGAUCACAGUGUCACACACAGAGGAUUUCACGCAAACUGGGUCUUUAUAGAAUCAUGUGGUGGCUAUAUGACAGACUGGAUGGGUGAUUUGUCCAGUCCCUGGUACCCUAAUAACUACCCUGAUAACUCAUAUUGCACAUGGACCAUUCAUAGCACAGGGAACAUGACAGUGUCACUGAACUUCACCGAUGUUGUUUUGGAGACAUGCUGUGAUUACAUCAAAGUAUAUGAUGGUCCUUCUACCCACCACCACUUACUGGGAGAAAUACGGGAGUACAGGAACCAGUCUUUCAGAUCCAGCAGCAAUGAUCUGACUGUGUUAUUCUACAGUGACAGCAGUGUCACACGUAGAGGAUUUCACGCAAACUGGGUCUUUGUAGUUCCUCAACCUGAAUGUGGAGGACACCUGUAUGGUUCUGGGCUGUUUUCCAGUCCAAACUACCCCAACUAUUACCAUGACAAUGCCUACUGUGUGUGGUAUCUCUCUGCUGAGCAAGGACAGAGGAUCUUCCUGACAUUUGCUGAUGUGCAGUAA